AUGAACAUCUCUGCCCCCAGCAGCCAGCUGAGACAGCCCGAGCCCCAGGACUCAGGUGGAUUCACUCCCAUCUCUGUUGUUAAGAGUGUGACAAAGAAGUCCGAUGCCCUGCCCAUGAUCUCUGUAAUCGUUGUCAUCUUUGUCCUCUUGGCUGUCUUCAUUAUCAUUGUGGUGCACUACGGCCCUCAUCUCCGCACCAUCCAAAUCACCCUUUACCAUGAGCCCAUGCCGCAGGACUUGGACGGUGGUGUGCACCUCACGGACUGGAAGAAGCUGGGCUCUCAGAGAAAGCAGUCAGCUCAGUACUGCCAGCGAGAGCUGGACAACAAGGACAUGGCUGGGGUAAGCUACCAGUGCUCAUGUAAGCAUCACCUUCCCUGCAGGAAUGCUGAGCCUAACGUCAUAGAGAUCACGUACUUGUGA